AUGGUGUGCCUGAACUUGCCUCCUCAUCUGCGUUAUUUGCCCGAGAACACUUUCCUCGUGGGCAUCAUUCCUGGGCCAACAAAGUCAUCCCUGGAGCAGAUCAAUCACUUCUUGAGACCCCUCGUCGAUGACCUUCUCACGUUUUGGAACGCCGGAGUGUUCUAUACUCGCACAGCUGCAUAUCCCUUGGGACGGCUUGUACGAUGUGCACUCAUACCGUUGAUCUGUGAUCUUCCAGCAGCACGACAGGUGUCCGGUCAUGGCGCUCACAGUUCUACGUACUUUUGCAGUUUCUGCAAAUUGAGACUUGACCAAAUCGAAAACCUUAAUCCGAGCACAUGGCCGAAGCGCGACCCCAGGGAGCAUCGCAGGCAUGCGGAGGAAUGGCAAGCGGCUACGAACGCGGAAGCGCGUGCCAGUAUUUUCAGAAAACAUGGAGUUCGUUGGUCUGAGUUGCUCCGUUUGCCAUAUUGGGAUCCUAUCGCAUUCACUAUCAUCGACACGAUGCACAACCAUUACUUAGGUUUGCUCAAAACACAUUGCAGGGAAAUCUGGGGAAUGAAUGUUGAUAUCGAGGAUGGCGACGGCACCUACGUUCACGACUACAAGACACCUCCUCGCCCAUCGGAUGUAGAGUUGAAUGAAGGCAUGCAGCGCCUGUACAAUGGUACUGUCAAGGAACUAGCUGGAUGCAGGAAAAAUGUGCUUUGGCACCUGUGCUUCGAGCACGAUCUUCAGCGGGCAAAGAAGAAGAAGCAGUUGCUGGACAAUCUAGUAAGAUGGGUGAGGCACACAAGCACUAACGCUCCAAAUCCUUCUGACGAGAAUCACAAAUCGACAUCGCCAUCCCCUAUAGACGUGCAGAUUAAGAAAGCAGAACAGAGUCUGAAGAGAGGUAGUCAACCGAAAACGAUCGCUCGAUCUCCAAAGGCGGUAUUAGUUGCCAUGUGUACCGCGCGGGAUUUAGAUACUUCUGGAGUUAAAGCUGUGCUUGCUGGCCGGUUGGAAAAUAGCACGUCUCCCCCAACCCCAGUGGGGGCAGGAGUGAGUACUCUCUCCAAUACGUCACCUCACACUGACAAUAGGGACGCUUCUAGUGUAGUUUUGGGCCGCGACACGCUCACACAGGUUCACGAGGAUAUGAAAAGGACUCAGCUACCUUCAUGGAUUAGCCCUGCACCGUCCAAUAUCGGCAGCGAACAGAGGGGGAAACUAUCUGCGGAUCAAUGGUUUUCAGCCUGUUCUAUCCAUCUUCCAGUGACAUUGGUGCGGCUAUGGGGACAUGAGCAGGGAAGAAAACAGAAGAUGCUGGAGAAUUAUAUGGAUCUGCUAACAGCUGUGAUAGUUUGCAGCAUGCGGGAAACAUCGCAUGAACACAUCCUCGUCUAUAAUGCGUCAUUGAUGCGAUAUUUACGAAGCUUGAAGGAGCUGUACAAGGAAGCUGAAAUCAAACCCAACCAUCAUGUUGCCGUACAUGUCGGUGAAUUUCUUCAAGCAUUUGGCCCAGUUCACUCAAUACGCACAUUCUUCUCCGAACGGAUGAACUACCUCCUCAUGAGGCAAAAUACGAGUGGCAAGUUUGGAGAACUCGAACUGACAUACUUGAACCAUGCAUGUCGUGCAUCUAAUUUACGGGGCCUAAUACAACGGGAUGGUGUUCGUCAAAUCACAGAGGAGUUGGUCGGAGUAUAUGAUGCUGUGUAUCAUGAGGAUCGCAGGGGCACCAGGCUGCGAGACUCGGUCAUGAUCAAUGCAUCUCCACUUGGAGUGCAUGGAAAGCGCACAAAGGCGAUGACCAUAUCAGAUGCAGAAUUCGAAGCAUUGUUGCAUCUGCUGAAUUUGGAACUCGGACAGGAAAUAUAUGUCGAUGUGCGGUCGCUGCGCAUUGUUCCAGGCCGCGUACACAUUCGCAACUCGGUAAUCUCAUGCAAGAAGAUAUUCAUCAAUGGUGUAACAUAUCGCCCCUACUCAGCGUCGCCGAAUGACAGUAACGUCGUCUUUACCCAUCCCCAGAUCAGGGUUUCACGGGCAGGAAGGGUCAAACAGAUCUUCACGCAUACGAGGCAUGAUACUCAAGGCCACGAGAUCCAGGAAUCAUUUCUCAUUGUAGAGUGCCUCCAGGAGCUAACGGAGACCGAUCUUGUCCAUGAUCCAUACCGCCGCUUUCUGCACGCAGGCGGACGGUUAUGCUAUGAUUCAUAUCUGGCAGAUGUCAUAGUGAUACGGCCUACAAGGGUGAUAUCUCACUUUGCCAAGACUCCUAUGAUAGUCCCUGGAAUAUCAAGAUCCUGCGUACAUGUGCUAGCUCUUGAUCGGGUGCGUGACAUAUGGUGCCAAUUUUUGGGCCCAUUAAACUCUCACUCCUUCAUGAAUAUGCAGAUGCUGGACCUGGUCUCUCCGAUGCCGGAUUCUGAUGAGGAGGCGGAAGGUGAAGGUGGAGAGGAUGAUGGGCCCAUUGAAUUCUGGGAGACUCUAGCAGGGUGA